AUGCAAGAACAGACUUAUGACUAUAAAGAUUUUAAGCUUGAGGGUAUUUUAGAAUGUAAACAAACUGAAAGGACAUUUAAAGUAGUAUUCCAUAGAGAGCCAGUUGCUUUGAAGGCUAUUGAUCUAUAUAAAAAAGCUAAUCUUUUGC